CAGAGCUGCCUCUCUUUAUAAGCAUCAGUAUAUAAAGGUAUAACUCCUCUUUAGUCAUCAUAAGUCACUGAUUCGUCUCUGCUCUCUGAUCACCUUCACCUGUAAUCAUGAAGAUCCUGAGCACCACCGCUCUCGCUGGACUCCUGCUCUCUCUCUCAGGGUUUGAGGCCAUAGUGCAUCUGACCCAGGAGAAGAUCAUGAAUAUCAAUGUGGGACAAGAUGUACAGAUUCUCUGCAGAAGGGAUAGUAAUACACGAAACUGGGUCAUUUCAUGGUACCAACAGAAAGCUGGAGAUACCCCAACGUUCUUACUAGCGGAUAGCACCAGAGCCAGUGGGCUGUCCAGCAGAUUCUCAUAUACAGACAACGGAUUAGACGAGUACCUGAACAUCGCUCGCGUUGAAGAUCAGGAUGAAGCUGUGUAUUACUGUGGAUGCAUCAUUUGCGACAGCCACGGCAGCAUCGGCCUAGGGACCGAGUUAAGGAUCGCUCGUCCCUCGUCUCCUCCGUCCCUGCUCCUGCUCUCCCCCUCUGGUGCUCCGCUCUCUGAGGGUGAUAUCAAUGUGGUGUGUGUGGCUGAGGGUUUUUACCCUGACAGUGUUAGCGUGUCCUGGUCUGAGGACAGCAGCAGCGUGACGGGCGAUGAGGUGCAGACGGCUCCGUCUAAGCACCAGGCCGACGGCAAGUUCUCCAAGACCAGCGUUCUGAAGCUCAGUAAUCAGCGCUGGAGCUCUGGGAAAACCUACACGUGCCGUCUGAGUCACCCGGCGCUUUCCACACCGCUGAGCCAGAGCACCAGCCUGGACCAGUGCAUGUAGAGUGCAAGGAAAUAUAAAAUGCACCUCAUUGAACAACUCUGUCUUUAGUAAUGAGUGUGUUUUUUCUAUUAAAACAAUUGCUUCUGUUAUUGUGUAAUGACUAUUGCGACUGUUUUGUUUUUUCCUGCUUAUGUGUUUAACGCUAUUAUGAUAGUAAAAAAAGCAUCUAAAAUUUUCAAAUAAAACCAUAACGAAAGAACUUUUGCAGAGUUUAUUCCUUUUUUUCACUUAUGUACCCCUGGGAUGCAUCGACUUAGAAACAGGCGUUUCAGUUUCAGUGUUUCUCAUGAAAUCUGAUUUGCAUAUGGUUGCUCAUCAAUGCAUGAAUAAGUGAAGAAGGAGAGUGAUUGUUUUAGACAGAGAAUUAACCAAGAAUGCAAAAAAAA